CACCUCUAUGGGGGAGCAGCCAUAAAGCUCCACAUUUUCACCUGCACUUUUCCAUUUAACUUAGUUAACCAACAUUGGACCUCCAAUCCUCAACCCAUGGCAGAGAUCAAGCCAUACCGCUAUGGACUCAUCAUUCUGGGGAUGGCGUUGGUGGCGUUGGGUAUGUUCUUGAUGGCUGUGGAGGAGCUACAGGUGUUUGCCACUUUCUGUUCUAUAGGGGUCCUAAUGAUGGGCUUGGGAGUCAUCUGGUCCGUGUGUCAAUGUUACCCCAGGGUGAUUUUAAUAGUACCAGAAAAGGAAGAGCUUUGUGGGGCUGAAAAACAGGAUUGGUGUGCGGGAAACUCGGAUGAAAAAAGUCCAACAAAACCAGUAAGAGCUCCCUUGGCUGGCUUUUCUGAUGAAGAAGUUGAAAUAUCAGAAGAUCCACAACUCCAUGCAGAGAACAAACAUAAUGAGCAUGCCAUUGUCCUCCACACGCCUUAAAGAUCUUCCAGCAAGCACCUAACCUGCUCCAGCACCCCACUGCCAGAUAAAAGAACUGCAGGACUAGACUCAGAAAAAGAUAUAUACUCUGGGAAUCUAGAGGACUCAUGAGUGAAUAAUUCCUGUUGCUAUGUCUAAAUCAACAACCACAUUAUUUAACAUUUGCUAGACACAUAUAGCACUUAAAUUUUUGUUUGAACUGUCCCUUUAAUGAUAACAAUAAGAAAUAAGCCUAUGAGAGGCAUGUUUAUGGCUCAAGUUCUGGCCAUGACUUUCUCACAAGUUUAUGAUAAAUGCUCCACUCUCAGGAAAAUAAGGCUGGAAAGUUUCAACAUCAGUUGACAAAAUAAAUAUAUUGGUGACCUUUACUCAUAUAUUACCAUGGAGAUGACAUUGAGAGAGGAACCACCUGGAAGGUCCAGCUCUGGGUAUUUAUAUGUGAAUGUGCUGUUUCCAAAUAAAAGACUUUCAGCACAAGCUCUCAUAGAAAGCAGGAAUAUUAGAACAAAUUUCUUUGAAAUGAUGCUUUGAAAUCUGUUUUCAGACCAAUUAAAUGCAGUAUUUGUAGAACUGUAUUACUUUAAACUCCCAGUAAUAUGAGGAUGGGAGGAUUAAGUAAAAACAUUUAGUGAAAGUUUUUGAGUGUACAGUAAAUUGCUUUGGAUAAAAUAAUCUGCCAAAUGCAUAAAGGUUAAAAUAUGGACUGAACAGUGAAUCAUAUUUAUCCAGUCCAUCCAUAAAUGAUGUGCUACGUACCACACAUAGACUGUAUAUAGACCCAGAUUAAAAUGUCUGUCUCUUUCAAAAAAGUAAUCAGAUUAAAUAAAAAAGAAAAAAUAUAGGGCCUAUAUAUAUGUAUGUUUUGGUGGCUUUACUAUCAUUUAAAUAUAAUUGCAAAAUAAAAAUGUCAGAGCCUUCCCAUCUUUUACAAAUGAAUGCACGCAUAUGCAACAAUAUGGAUAAGACUGUGUUUUGUAGGCUUCGUUUAAGUUGAUUACGACUCUUUUAGCCGUCCAACACUAGAACCACUAUAUCUGACCAACAGAGGACGACGUGAAGCCAUUUUUGGUCAAAUUUGAAAUACCAUUCA